UGCUGCCGCGCUCUGGGCCCCGGGUUGGGGACCCCGACGCCCCGCCGCUGCGCGCAGGGGGGAGUCAUUGUCACAGAUCUGCCUGUCUGUCUCCCCGCUGGAGCAUCUCCAAAUCCCAGCACCUCACACAGAACCUGGCACUAUGAGGUCCAGCAAGUGCCUGGGGAAGGGACAGAAGCCCAGCCCUGUGCUGCGUGCUGUGCUUGCACCUGGUUCUUUCAUUGAUUCAUUCAUACAUGCCUUUGAUUCCUGCCCAGGGGAUUUACAAUCCAGGUAAGAAGAAGACGAACAGAAGCCAGUGGUGUUGAGAGCUGGCAUAAGCCCAGCAGGUUAGAGGCUUAUGGUUAGAGGCUAGAGUGAGCUCUGGGCUGAGGCCCCAGGAAUGUUCCAGAAGGAGGUAGAGCCAGCAUUUGACUGCAAGAAAGGGUAGGACUCAGUUAAGUGGAAGGUAGGGGCAACAGUAUAAGCAAAUGCUUAUAAGUAGGUUAUAGUGGGUAAUGACAAUAAAAUGCCUCGUGUUUACAGUGAUUUACAGUUUACAAUCGCUAGUAUCACCUCAUUUGAAUCCCAAGUAGUGGGUAAUGCAGGCUUCUUCCUGUUAUGGGGGAUGGAAGGGGGAUAAUCCCCCUUCCUCCUGUUAUGGGGGAUGAAAGUCAUAGCAGGGGUCACUGACUUAUAUGUUGGGUGCAUUGCAUACAUUGCCUCAUUUGUUCCUCACCACAAUCACAGAGUUACUAUGAUCUCCACUUUAUGGAUGAGGAAACAGGCUCCUCAGAACAAGAGAGCUGCCAAAGGACUCAAUUAGAGGUCACAGAGCUGAUAUGUAAAACUUGAUGCUGUGCUGUCUCCACUGUGUCAGUUGGCUGGGAUGGAAGCCCCUUUCUUUCUCUCCUUCCAUCUUUUUCUUCCCUUCAGUUAUUCAGCAAGUAUUUAUCGAAAGGAUGAACAAUUGGUCAUUGUGAGGAAGUGAGGUACGGUAGGGCUGUGAAGGUGGGCUGGGGCCAGACCACGUCGGUGGUGUACACAGCUGCCACUGUACAUGGCUGGUCAUUAUUCCUUUAGCAGCCCCACCAGUCCCCAGACAAACCUAGGAGCUAAAUAAAACAGUGUGUGCAGUGUGCAAAUGAAGCUUUAUGUCGUCUAGCCUGCUUCCUGCUUCUCUAUUCCUCCUGCCCGGGAGGAGUAGAGAAUUCUGGAGCCACCUUGGUGGGCAAUGGGGGAGCUCCUGAUGGUUCAGGAGCAGGAAAUUUAUGAGCAGAGUGGGGUCCCAGGCCACAGGGAGAUGUCUAUCCACAAGGGAUAGUGGCCAAGGGUUGAAUGGAAAGAGGCAGGCAGGGGGAGAGGGGCGUAGGGUGUGGGGAUUCCCAGGGCCUUGAGAGUGGACGUGGCCUCUUCUCCUCAGCCUUCCAUUAGCAAGGAUGUCACUGCGCUCUUGCCUGAUGACAGCCAGAUCUGUUCACAGUUAGUCUGCCUCUCCUGCCAUCAUUCAUCUCAUGCCUCCAUCCUGCGUCACCAAUGCAUUAGCCUAGUGCCAACACGCAAAGUCCCCCUUGCCCAGGCUCCCUGACCCAAUGCCUGCUCCCACCUCUAGCUUCCUCCCUCUCCUCUGCUUCCAGCGUGCUCUGACUCCAUUUCUCACCCAUCGUAGGUCAUCUUGUCUUGGAUCUGGCCCAGGCCCGGUCCACGUUGGUGCUGCCCACAGGCCUUAUCGCCGCGGCUGGCACCAUGACGGUGACCCUGCACAGCAGCCGGGAGCUGCCCUCAAGGCCUGACGGGGUGCUGCAUGUGGCCCUGCCCACUGUGCUCACCCCGCUGGCCCCGCCAGGCCCGCCGGGGCCCCCUAGGCCUCCGGGGCUCUGUGACGACAGGUUGGGCCUAUGCCCCACCAGCUGCUUCGGGGUGGGCAGCCCUCAGGAGGAAGGGCUGGCCUGGGAGGAGCCGGCUGCCCCUCGGGACGUGUUCUCAGGCCCUGCCCGCUGCCCUGCCCCAUAUACCUUCUCCUUCGAGAUGCUGGUGACUGGGCCAUGCCUGCUUGCAGGCCUGGAGAGCCCCUCUCAUGCUCUGCGGGCAGAUGCCCCCCCUCAUGCCAGCUCUGCAGCCACCAUCUGUGUCACACUGGCAGAGGGCCACCACUGUGACCGGGCCUUGGAGAUCCUGCUGCACCCCAGUGAGCCCCAUCAGCCACACCUGAUGCUGGAGGGCGGCAGCCUGAGCUCAGCAGAAUAUGAGGCCCGGGUAAGGGCCCGCCGAGAUUUCCAGAGGCUACAGCGAAGGGACAGUGAUGGGGACCGGCAGGUGUGGUUCCUGCAGCGACGCUUCCACAAGGACAUACUGCUGAACCCCGUGCUGGUGCUGAGCUUCUGCCCGGACCUGAGCUCCAAGCCCGGACACCUGGGGACAGCUACACGGGAGCUACUCUUCCUUUUGGAUGGCAGCAGCAUGGCACACAAGGAUGCCAUUGUUUUGGCUGUGAAGUCCCUCCCGCCCCAGACGCUUAUCAACCUGGCCGUGUUCGGGACAUUGGUGCAGCCACUCUUCCCAGAGAGCCGGCCUUGCAGUGAUGAUGCUGUGCAGCUGAUCUGCGAAAGCAUUGAGACCCUGCAGGUUCCGAGUGGGCCCCCAGACGUGCUGGCUGCUCUGGACUGGGCCAUGGGGCAGCCCCAGCACAGGGCCUACCCUCGGCAGCUGUUCCUGCUCACUGCUGCCUCACCCAUGGCCGCCACUACCCACCGAACCCUGGAGCUCAUGAGGUGGCACAGGGGGACAGCAAGAUGCUUCUCCUUUGGGCUGGGGCCCACCUGCCACCAGCUGCUCCAGGGUUUAUCUGCCCUCAGCAGAGGCCAGGCCUACUUCCUGAGGCCUGGGCAGAGGCUGCAGCCCAUGCUGGUGCAGGCUCUGCGGAAGGCACUGGAGCCUGCUUUGAGUGACAUCUCUGUGGACUGGUUUGUGCCCGACACCGUGGAGGCACUGCUGACCCCCCGGGAGAUCCCAGCACUCUACCCUGGGGACCAGCUGCUCGGUUACUGCUCACUCUUCAGGGUGGAUGGCUUCCGGCCCCGCCCACCAGGGGGCCAAGAGCCUGGCUGGCAGAGCUUGGGUGGGUCCGUGUUUCCAUCCCCAGAAGAGGCCCGAUCUGCUGCCAGCCCUGGCACUGAGCCCACUGGCACCUCAGAGCCACUGGGAACAGGCACUGUAUCAGCAGAACUGUCCAGCCCAUGGGCUGCCAGGGACUCGGAGCGGACAGGUACUGAUGCUCUGACAGACCCAGUCACGGAUCCUGGACCCAACCCCUCUGACACAGCCAUAUGGCGCCGCAUCUUCCAGUCCUCGUACAUUCGGGAGCAGUAUGUGCUCACCCACUGCUCUGCCAGCCCCGAGCCAGGCCCAGGCUCCACAGGCAGCAGUGAGUCCCCAGGCUCCCAGGGCCCUGGCUCCCCUGAAGGUAGUGCUCCCCUGGAGCCCCCUUCUCAGCAGGGCUGCCGCAGUCUGGCCUGGGGAGAACCUGCAGGCUCCCGCUCCUGUCCCCUGCCUGCACCCACACCAGCUCCAUUCAAGGUGGGGGCCUUGAGUACUGAGGUGCUGGGUCGUCAGCAUAGAGCUGCUCUGGCUGGCCGAAGCCUCUCAUCCCCUCCAGGCCGGGCAAACCAAGUCCCCGGCCGACCCCGGAAACCCUCUCUGGGUGCAAUACUAGAUGGCCCAAGUCCUGAGCCAGGCCAACAAUUGGGACAAGGCCUGGAUGACUCAGGAAACCUGCUCUCCCCAGCCCCCAUGGACUGGGACAUGCUGAUGGAACCACCCUUCUUAUUCAUGGCUGUGCCUCCUAGUGGGGAGUCGGCCCCUCCGGCAGUGCCUCCCCAGGCUCCACGCUGCCAUGUGGUGAUCCGGGGCCUGUGUGGGGAGCAGCCUAUGUGCUGGGAGGUGGGUGUUGGGCUGGAGACACUGUGGGGACCUGGAGAUGGCUCACAGCCUCCCUCACCUCCUGUAAGAGAAGCUGCUUGGGACCAAGCACUCCAUCGAUUGACAGCAGCCUCUGUAGUCCGGGACAAUGAGCAGCUGGCCCUCCGAGGAGGGGCAGAGACCACAGCUGACCGGGGCCAUGCCCGGAGGUGCUGGCUUCGAGCCCUUCAGACAAGUAAGGUCAGCUCUGCCCCCUCCUGCUUCACUUGCCCUGUAGCUGUGGAUGCUACUACUAGGGAGGUCCUGCCUGGGGCCCUGCAGGUGUGCAGCUCAGAGCCCGCUGAGCCCCCAGGAACCCCUCCUGCCUCUCACAGCUAUCUAGAUGCAGCUCCUCUGCCCACUGUUGUCUACUCUAAAGGACUUCAGAGAGGCUCUCCAGCAGGCGCCUGGGACUCGGACCAAAAUGACAACUCCAAGUGUGCUUUGGGGGACCCUGCCACUCCCACGGAAGGUCCUCGCCGCUCACCUCCCCGUCCUCCCUGUCGGCUCAGCACGGGCCGCCGUCACAAACUCUGUAGCCCUGACCCGGGCCAGGCCAACAUCAGUGAAGGCAGCGACCAUGACUACCUGCCCUUGGUGCGGCUGCAGGAGGCACCAGGCUCCUUCCGCCUGGACGCGCCCUUCUGUGCCGCUGUGCGCAUCUCGCAGGAACGCCUCUGCCGCGCCUCGCCCUUUGCCGUGCACCGCGCCAGCCUCAGCCCCACCUCGGCCUCAUUGCCCUGGGCACUUCUGGGCCCUGGUGUUGGCCAGGGUGACAGUGCUACGGCCUCCUGCAGCCCAUCCCCCAGCUCGGGCUCCGAGGGGCCAGGCCAGGUGGACAGUGGGCGGGGCUCAGACACCGAGGCCUCCGAGGGGGCGGAAGGGCUGGGCGGCACCGACCUGCGGGGCCGGACCUGGGCCACUGCCGUGGCACUCGCCUGGCUGGAGCACCGAUGCGCCGCUGCCUUCGGCGAGUGGGAACUGACAGCGGCCAAGGCUGAUUGCUGGCUGCGGGCCCAGCACUUGCCUGACGGCCUUGACCUGGCCGCCCUCAAGGCGGCAGCCCGGGGGCUCUUCCUGCUACUGCGCCACUGGGACCAAAACCUGCAGCUACACCUGCUGUGCUACAGCCCAGCGAACGUGUGAAGGCUGCCCGCUGCUGCUUGGGCCGGCGCCCCACCCAACACACUCAUCACUGCCGCCCAAGGCUGGCCUCUUGGUGCUGGGAAAGUGUAGGCUGGUGCCAGCCUGUCCCCCACUGCUUCUUACUCCCUCCCUGGAGCCCUCUUGCCCCCACAAAAAGUGCCUGCCUGUGCUCUCUCCCGCUCCUCCCACCCCACUCACACUCCCCUCCAUCCUCUGAGCUCCCUGCAGCACAGUGGAAGGGUAGAGAGCCACAGUCCCCAAAUCCUAUGCAAUAAAGUGCCUCUUAGGAC